GCCAUGUGCCGUCGAGCUACGGUCGAGACUCGAGAGGUGUACGAAUUUAAUUUGUGAAGUGCGAUACUGCGCCUCUGAGGGGGAUCAGAAAUCCAGAAGGGAAGAGAAAAGAGAAUCGUCAUUUACUUUCCAUAAUAGCUAUCUUUUAUCUACGUUAAAAAUUUGCGAAUAAUAGGUUACCGUAAUAGUGAGGUUAGGUUUUGAAGAUGGUUACAAAAGCCAGUAAACAGACUGCGAGAGGCUUUAGAACACUGUGGAUCCGCUUCGACGCGGACAGCUCCGACAAGCACCAGCUCUUUUUCAAGGAACACUCCGUGAGAAAUCAGGAGCCGGAGUAUCCCAGGAAUAAGACUCUCUUCGUGUUGAACGUACCGCCGUACGCGACCACCGACUGUCUGAAACAUGCGUUCGAUAAUCUCUGCGGACAAGUGCGGUCCGUUACGUUCUCAAGUGCGAGAGGGUUCAAAACUGCGUACAUCGUUUUUAAGAAGGAAUCCUCGCUGGACAAGGCUAUGGAACUUUCGAAGGACUCCGUGGUCACGUUGAACAGCGACAAAAGUGUGUGUCUCACAGGAUUAGAAA